AUGGGUAACUUUCCUCGCUCGAUUCGACUUGGUUUACCUCGGAUUAUUACAACUGUCCUCCGCCGCGAAUCUCUGGGUGGGCGCUACUCUCGCAGUCAUCGUAAGGAGCAGGCACUCACACAUGGUCUGACUGCCGAACAAGGUUUGUACUCUUACGUUCAAAUCAAAGUGGACACUAUGGAGCAAACCUUGACCACGGAUAUGCUCAAUUACAUAGUGAUUGUGGUGAAGUUAUUCAUGAAAGAAAUCAAAGAAGUGAUUCAAAAAAUGGCCGGCGAUGAUCAACACUCGGAUGCAUCACGUCACAAGUCUUUGUUGCCCUCACGUAUGGCAUCCCCCGCGGACAAACGGGGUAACGUGGACCAAGGAUGGCUGCUCUCUGAGACUGUACGAGGAAGGGCAAAAUUCACCGUCAGAAUUCGAGUCGAGGAGUUUCAGCUGAUGGCGACUACGCGCAGUGGUGCCAUCAAGCUGGAGGCUAAGACGAUCGAUGUCGAGCUAACCAACCGUGUUUCACAAACCGGCGUGGCCUCGGACCUGCUACACUACUCGACGACUCAUCACGCAGGCUCCGAACGCUCCAGACUCGGACCGGUUACUACUCGUCCGUCACAUUUACGCUUUCGUUCUACCCGUUAUUCUGGGGAUGCACCUCUGGAAACCAUUCAAAGCAGCGGGGAUUCACUUUUCAUUUACGCCACAAUAGCCAGGAUGGGUGCCGAACUGGGCUAUUUGGAUCAGGAUUUGUUUUUCAAAGAGCGAUCCCCGGAAUUUCGAACCGUGGCCUUUUUCAAAACUUCCCUCGCUCUUCGAUCCCUGUUGGCGAACGAAAAAUUCGCCUCUCUGUCGAGCGCUGCUUCACGCACCACUGAUCCAACUUUGUACGCUGGUGAACACGAUGCGUUUCUCAUCUCCUUGAAUACUCCCACACUUUGGCUGAAGCCGUUUACCGUAGAUCGCGCCAUUCUCAUGUGGAUGGUGUACAAGAGCGAAUUUGCCAAGUGGAAAGACUACAUGGAUUAUCUGUCAUCCAUGACGUCGACCGAUGCGAACACAGAUCGUCCCAUGGUUUCGGACAAGGGUGCCCCUCCGACCAACCUUUCCACUAAAUAUGCUACUAAACCGCGCUCUCAAGUUUUGCGAUCAGUCUCUCCUGUAUCUUCGAGAGCUGAAGACACCCUUCUUGGACACACCUCUGAUCACGCAGCCACACCCAUCAGCUCUGAUGCUAGUCACAAAUCCGUGCACUCGAAGUCGACCUCAAGCAGUGGAUCGACCUCGACGUUGUUCCUGCAGUUGAAUGUUGAGGACCUCGGUGUGUGUCUACCAAUAAAUAUUACACAAUCCAACGUGCAGUCGUCCAGGGAAUCCGAUUUUCGAACCGCUCUGGUGCUCACUUUGGACCAAAGUCGAGUAUCCGCUUGCUACCGUGAUUCUCUGGUCAGUCAGGGCGAAUUUACAGAUUUCUGCCUACGUUUUGACGAUGAAUUCAAUGUGGGGUCCGAUGAAUGGAAACCCGAUUGGAAGCGAGCCAGCAUUGAUGUACAUGGUAAACGGCGCGUUGUGAUCCUCAACAGCUGCGUGGUUCCGAACGGAACUUUUAGUGUUUCUUGGCACAAUCCAGAAAAAUAUGCGCAGUGGAACUUGAUCAUACGAUGGCAAAUGCGUGGGCUGGAUUUUCACUUUGAUGACAACGUUGGACGCCGUUUGAAAGCGUUGGUCUCCAUUUUGACUCGUAUCACCGGCUACAAUGGGGCCGCUCCCUUGCUACCGACCUCCGCAGAAGAGGAAGAUGAGUCUUGUGGUAAGGGCUCCACUAGUCACAUCGCUCCGGUGGAACAGGUCGAUCAGGAGUCCAGUGCCGUCGCAGCGCCUUCGCAGGAGCCACCAAAGGGGCGUCCCCGUACGGAGCCAAUUCAUCAUGCGCUGUCCGAUUCCCAUGACCAACGCGGUGCCUACUCAGACAUCGCCUCCCUGGAUCGCUACGUUCCGGCGUCUGUCCCGCCUGCUUCCACCGCUCGGAGUUUCGCUCCUGAUCUGGCCCAGGUGCGCAGUAUGGAGAUCCACAAACACAAACAAGAAUUGUUGGACGCGCAGCACUGCUUAGCUUUCAAGCGUCAGAAGUGGGGCACGCUUCGUCGAAAGAAGGGCACGGCCUCCGUCUCGACCAAUGCGCCACAAAGUCCAAAUUUGACCUACACGAAGUCGCCACCCGCGGCGGCAAAUGAGCGCUGGGAUUCCGAGUCCCAGCCCACCACGAGUAGCAAUUGGGCCCGAUCAAUGAGCAUUGGAUGCGGCAGGUUACCGACUGAUUCACGCUUUGUUGGCUACUCCAGCCCGGCCAACUUGACACACAAUUCGACAACCGAAACGGCUACUUUCGGUUCCGCUGGUCUGUUGGAACUUAAUUCGAAUCGCAUUUCGCUCGCGUCCAAAAACGGAUCAGUCUAUUUCGACGCAGACGCCGGCGACGUCAGCAAUACCGUGUCCACAUCGAUGCAGCAGUUCGGGUCUGCUUCGACCUUCGAAACCGCCAGUCUUGGAACUAUCCAAACCUUUGACGGUGUCGUCAGACAACCUGGUAAUAAGCGCACCGACUCUUGGUUCAAUGCUUUGCAAACCAAUGACUUUGAACUGACUGCGUCUGGAAAUGAAGAUGUACGCCGUGUCGAUAUGGAUGACUUUGUGGUCGGUCAAGAACAGGAUGAAUCAUGCAGUUCCGAUGAGGCUGAUGAGACCAUUAUGGAACCCAACUGGCCUGAUACAAAUCGGAUGGCUCCACCUCCGCCACCACCACGACAAAACUACGUCCCUCCUCCGAAUGAGACAGCGCAUUUGGUCUCGCAGCCCCAGGUGCAACUCAAGCUUGAUGUUCAAAUUCAUGUGGACUCCGGUUGCUGCGUUUUACAUCCUCGUAUCACCCCUCCAAAUGGGAAUGACAACCCUUUUCCGCCCACUCAUACCAUCGACUCUGCCAGGCCGCAAUAUUUUAGCCCUCCGUCAAGUCGCUUUCAAACUCCCAACACCACCGGGUUCCGCCAGUGCUCAGACUCGGGCGUUCGAUUCUCCAACAGUGACUUCCUUCCGCUCUACCUGGAACGCUACAAGCGCCAUUUAUUGGAAGAUAUACAAUAUCUCACCACCGACCUCAGUGUGUUUCUCCUACCAGCAGUGGACGUGGGACUACAUUACCAUUCUAUGACCGAAAUGGGUUUCCAUUCUGCGAUCGCCUCCACAUUACCCUCCUUGUCCGCACCACGAGCAUCUAACGCCGCGCCGUCCGCCACAUUCUUUUCUCGCCAAGCAUCUUUUCAGCAUUUGGCGACGAAAGUGCAUCUGAGAGACGCUGGGGAUGAGAGUGAAUGUGUGCGUCGUGGUGGCCAUACUGGCUCAAUCGGCGAUGAACAAGCUGUGACCGACGGACGCGAAGAUGAUGAUCCCCGACUCCUGUGUGGCUCUGGCGGCCUCAAGAAGCAAACUGAUCUUUACGUUUCUUGUUUUCUGCAGAAACUACCCAAGGAAUGGGUUGUGCAUCCAGCUUUGCUAGAUUUUCUUGAACAAGCUUUGGAAGAUCUCCCGUUUGUGGCCGAUGUGGAUGUGGAAAAUGCCCCUCCGUCCACUGGAGACAACAAUACCUUGAAUCAAGAUCCUAAACCAUCCACUUCCUCAUUGUCUUUCAAUGAUUCCGCUUGGGAAACCUUCCCAGUGCAUGCCGUGGUUCAUCUUCGCAUGCAACCUUUCACCGCACGAUUCUUGUGUCUUCCAACCUCACGAAUGCAGUGCCUCCUCAUUCUUCCCUUCAUGGACGUCGUUUUCUCCACGAAUCGAGAUUCCGAUCAGCCCACAGGGACCAGUGAGGUUUACCCACCUUCUAAGGACGGUGGCCCGAAAACGAACGAUCCUGAUCAGCAUUAUUCUCUACCUGCUGGCCGGACUUCUCAUCAGUUUGCUCUUCAGGCCACGGAAGACACUGUUGGCCCUGUCUGCACUUUGCGGCUUCCUCCGAAUCCAAAGGUCGGCGAUAUUGUCAGCCAAGGUGGAUUGUGCGUGACCGCUAUACUAAAAGAAUUUCGUAUCUCAGUUUUCCACCCCUACGUGGAUUCCGCAAGCGCGCGGUCUGAACGUAUCCUGGGUGCGACAUGGACCGGGGAUUCCCUCACGUUGCUCGUGCAUGACGCGCGAUUGAACAUUUCUCGCCGAGUCGAAACCACACUAGUUCGCUUGGACCAUAUCGCUCGUUCGUUCGACACCGACCCGGCUGGAGGUGGUGUGCCCGGAGAACCAAAUGCAAAACCAGCUUUGUCACGGAAUGCUUCAGCCUCGGCCAGUCGAUCACGGGCCAUGGCCGCAACCUCUACUUGUCCACCCCCCUUGGCUGAAUCUUGGGGCCUUCACCGAGAUGUCAAAUUUUCGGGCGUUUUUGAUGUUGGUGUCGCUGUGUUCACCUGUGACACACGGCGAACGCUGGAGAUUUUGGACAUCCCUAAUGCUUGGUACCGGGGCAGUUUCGUCCGCAGACUGUUCUUGGGCAACACGGAACCGACCGCCGAUGCUUUCAACGAGAUGGAUAGGACGAAUGAACCUGGUGACCUUCCGCAUAGUCCGCUGAAGGCCGCCCCUGAGGCUGCAGAUGAUUUCGUCGUAGCUGUAGAUCCCAUCCCUACAACAAGCGCCGAACCUUUCUCCCCGACCCGUUCACACUAUUGGUCACUCACGUCACCCCCAUUACUGAGCGCAACUGAUUCAGAUCAGCAAAUGGAGUUCGAUGCCUUCGCACCUCCCGUGGAGCGCACAAAGCUACACACGCUUCCGCAGCCACCUGAUGCCACCAAGGAACGCAGGCCUAUUGACUCUUCAAACUUGGUGUCCCAGUCCACUACACUGCUUCUCGAGCGUGGCCCGAACACAAGUCCUAGUGCGAGUCUACGAGUGGCUUCUUGGCACGCAUUGCCCAUCAUCUGUUUCCAUUUGAAGCGGUUCGACCUCAGCUUGUUCAUGGGCAGUGCCAUGGGCCAAACUAGGUUCGUCAUGGAUCAGUUGUUUUGCAAUGGUCGAAUGUCUUUGCACUCCAGCGGUCGCAAGAACACCACACUUUCUGCAGGACUUGGAACUUGCCAGUUUGUCAGCGAGGGCGGCGGCGUUGGUGGCGAAAUGGCUCUACUUGAUGUCGAAGCGCGUGUGCAUUUGAACCAGGCCCCUGACUGCGACCCGCAACAUUCACUGAACGCCCGUAUCGAUGGGUUCCAACUGCGCGUGGAGUACAUGAAUACAAAUGUGUUACUCAUGCGAUUGAAUUCACUGUAUCUCAGCUUACAGGACGAAUGGCAAUUAAGAGAGGCGGCUCGCCAACUGGUCGCACGCUUACAAACGAAUUUUGCACAAUCGGGAAGCCAAUCGACUGCGUUGCGAUCCACCCAUAUGUCUGCGCCCGUGAAAUUCACAUUGAGUGACGAUGGAGUUACCGGUGUCGCAUCUGGGAGUGCGUUGAAGACACCGACUGUGGAAACCGACGUAGGUGCGCCGCCCAUAUGUAUUCGUGUUGUUGGCGACAUCUCUUGGGAUCAGGCACAAGUCGCCAUUGUACGCACUACCACUCCGGACCUGAUUCACUCCUAUUCCAAAGUUCGUGAGUAUUUCGAAGAACAAGUUCGUGAAGGCCGCAACUCACUUAUUGGACGGGGUGGGUCGUUUCAGAUGUUCUCCACUAGCACCUCCGGUCGGUCUAAACCAUUGUUCAGACGACAGGCUGCGAAUGGUACCGAAGAAUUCCGCAAGCAACAACAGCGCGAUCUUAUCGAUAGACUGCUACAACGACAUUGGCAGAGCUUGUUGCGUGACUCCAUCAAUUUUUAUACUCAUCAGCUUGCCAACUUCGAUUGCACCGACGACCCACUCUCCAUAUUGAAUGCCUGUGGAAUCGAUCGCCUGUUUCCCGUGAUGGGUGGUUCGCUGCAAUUGUCCGGACGAUCGCUAGGUGUGGCUUGCUACGCUGGCAGUCUUCGUUCCGCGCCUGAUUGGGCUGUCUUCAACAUCCAGUAUCCCACCGUGUGUUUUGAAACGGAAGCCCAGCGAGAGCCUCUGGCAUCCGGCGUCACUCCACCCGACCCCCUUGAAUCUGAUGGUUGGAUCAACGUUCGCCAGGUGCUCAGUUUCGAUCUGAUCUCCAGACCGGAAUAUCAGCCUCAAAUGGCCUAUGUGAUUCGUGUUCGACGCGGUAGCCAGCCGAUCACUCGUAAUCCUCCCAUACUGACCAUUGAGGAGUGGCUGGAAUUCACAUUUCGUGGUGCCGACAACACAGUUACGAAUUUUGUUCGUAGCAACGAUCCGGGCAGUUUGCCUUCCGUCGUUCAACUCUCGCAAUUCCCGGCGCGAUUUCCCGCUUCCAUUCCUGCUACAUCUCCCCUCAUGACCGUCGAGCGGUCACAUUUCUCCAGACACCAGCAUCUAGAGACGGUACAUGAGAAUAUCCCUUCUCGGUAUGUGUCUACCGUCCAUCCUCCUGGAUCAGGUUCUAAGCCGCCUUGGCCUAGCGCAUCUGUACAGGGAUCAUCUGAUGAUGCUACAAAGCAAGCUCAGCCACCGACACAUUCCAACCCACUUAAGCCGCCAACAGAGGGAGAAAUUAUCUUCAUACUCCCGUCCAUAUCGCUGCGCAUCACGACGGACCAACGACAACCGAUGGCGCAACCCACUCUGUCUUCCCUCUCGUCCAUCUCUGCUGAAAAGAAAAAGUCGUCUCCUCCCCCGUCUCCAUUCACCGAUGAACCUGAUCAUCCCCACUCGACACCCACCCCCGCAAAAAGUACUGGGUCUUGGCUUUAUGGGCACAAAGCCGCAACCACUCCAGAUUCAACAGAUGAAUCAGAACCGGUUUCACUAGGACAGAUGCACGACGGGCCAGGGAAACGAGUCGCUACGCACGCUCCAAGUGUUAAGGUCAGCUUUCAAACGGAUUUUCACGGAUUCAUACAACUCGGCCUUAUUGAUGUCUCUUGGCUCCCCACUCUCAUCAACUCUUAUCUGAAGGAGCGUCUCCAAGAUUAUGAAGACUCUACUUUUGCGACACCCUCAUAUCGGACAUCGGGCGAUCCAACUUCUCAAGAUGCGGACCUGACCAAAUGCCUUCGGGAAUUGGCCAGCACCAGUUCCCCAAUGGUCCAAGAUGCCCGGACUUAUGAGGUUAUUCACUGGUCAUUUAGCCCAGUCUGUCGUUGGUUGUUGGCCUCGAACAUUUGCGUUCCGGCUUUCGACCGUUUGUUAGCAAGAGUCGGGUUUCAAAAAGCUCGCACUACCAUCCCCAAAUGGCUACAGCGUGGUCUGAUGGACCACCUGGAUCGUCUAGUCGCAGUUUCCUUGCAUGCUUGUAUGCGGCUUGUCCCCGAACAACAGUCAUCCACCUCUUUAAAGCCCGUCCCCAGCAUUUGUCAUGUGGAAACGACGGACGACACGGUGGACCACACUCCUCGUUCACAUACAGAGUCCCCCACGCAUCAGGCAUUUCCUACGGAUUUUGCUUAUCGUCCCCACUGAUCAAGUUACCACACCCCCUUCCAAUUGUUGAUGUACAGUCCCAACCCCGCUUCCAUCCUUCAUCCUUGUCCACGUGCUCGCCGGCGGGUAACACUCUCCGAGAGCUUCCAAUACUGAUCACUGUUGUUUCCUUCCUAAUAGUUGAACUUGUCUUCCCCGCCCCACUCCCCCGCAGAGUUCACAACGAACUGUACCUACACAUUUCAUCCGACGACUUCCCUCAGAAUUAUGUACGUUUUUUGGGUACUUUUUAUCCAUCUUUCUAAUCUGUUCAUCGUCUGACAAUCUGUGCCAUAUUUUACGUUGGUUAUCCACCCCGAAAUCGGCGUCUUCCAGAGGGGAACUGUCACAUCACUUGCUUGAUCUUGCAUCUUGUUGUGGCUGAACCAAUCGUUUGAUAACAGACUGCUUCUGCAUGACAUUUUAUUUUGUACGUUCCCCUUCGACUGUUCAUGUUGUGCAAUACACGUUGAAAUAGU